CAGAGAAAUGGCAACUACACAAUCUGUCUUUACGUUUGCUCUUUGCAUUUUAAUGAUAACUGAAUUAAUACUAGCUACAGACAGCUAUUAUGAUAUCUUAGGAGUUCCAAAAAAUGCAUCUGACCGGCAGAUCAAGAAGGCAUUUCACAAGCUGGCCAUGAAAUACCACCCAGACAAAAAUAAGAGUCCUGGAGCAGAAGCAAAAUUUAGAGAAAUUGCUGAAGCAUAUGAAACAUUAUCAGAUGAGAAUAAACGAAGAGAAUAUGAUCAGCUUGGCCGUCAUGGAGGACAAGGAAGUAAUGGAAGCCCAUUCCAUCAGUCAUUUAAUUUCAAUUUUGAUGAUCUGUUCAAAGACUUCGACCUCUUUAGUCAAAACUCACGUUCCAAAAAGCACUUUGAGAAUCACUUCCGAAGUCACCGGGAAGCUCACAAUCGGCAAAGACGUUCUUUCCAGGAGUUCUCCUUUGGAGGUGGACUCUUCGAUGACGUGUUUGAAAAUAUGGAAAAAAUGUUCUCCUUCAGUGACUUUGAAAACGCACACCGACACGCGGUGCGGACUGACAGCAGGUUCCACGGAUCCAGCAAGCACUGCAGGACUGUCACUCAGAGACGAGGGAACAUGGUCACCACGUAUACAGACUGUUCUGGACAAUAGUGUUUUCUUCCUUCCGAUCUCUUUUCUUCUUUCAACAUCUUCAUGCUCUUGGUUUUGUGCUAACAUGGAAAAAAUUCUUUGAACUGUUUGUUCUAAAAAACACUUAACAGCUAUAAAUCAUAAAUGAAACUAAUCUCCAGAAUAGAAACAACAUGCAUUUGGGAAGCAGAUGUUUCAGUAACUUCUUAAAAUAGGAGAGAAAU